GUCACCAUUCUUCUAUCAUCAUAAGCUUCAAGAACCCUACAUUUGAAGACAUAGUGUUAGAUGUCUUUUUAACAGGUCAGGAGCAUGUCAUGCGUAAUCCCAGUGCAUCUGUAUUCCACCAUUCCAAUAAGGACUCCAUUUUCUGGCUUUCACUCAAACAAAAACAAGGAAUAAUUUUGCCUCCAAAAGGCAAGUUGGAUAUUCCAGUAUUGUUUGCACCUCAAUGCAUGAAACUGUAUGAAGUUGUGUUGGUUAUUAAAGUUGAGAAGAUGGAUGGUGGAAAGUGGUCUUAUGAUGAGGACUUUGAAUUAAGCAAAGCACCAAUGAGCAGCACUGUAAUAACUGAGAAUGAAAUCAUCCGGGGACUCCGUUGGAUUUAUCCAAUUCAUGGAAUCCCUGAAGCACCAUCAUAUAAAUCGGCACCAGCUGUUGUAUGCUGCCGAGCCCGCAGUAGACUGGAGGAAAGAGUAGAAGUGCUGUUAACUGGUGUGGUUCCUGCAACAUCGGGUCCACAAACACUCACAGACUCUAUAACUAUAACUCCUUCCAAAAGCAAGUCAGUCACUAUUAAUGAUGAAGGAAUCCCUACAACUGAUGAAUUUGCAUAUGAAAUUGAGUUUGAAUCUGAAAGAAUGACAUCUCAGCUGAAGUCUGCAGUAGCUAUCAACUUGGUGAAGAAACUUCGGGAUCUGAAAACUGGAAUUCUGACCUUGAUCUUCAGUAUAAUAUUUGCACCCAGCAAACCAAUAAGGAAUCCAGCAACAUUGGUGGUACAGUGUGUCACAGGAGGCAUUUGGAAGUUUCCAAUACUGUUUGUUGCCACUGAACCAGAAGUGGAUGAUGUCAUCAAUAUUGAAGCAGCUGGCUUAAACAAGGAAUCUGUAGUUAAAUUUAAGCUUACAAGCCAAACAAGGUACCCGGAGCCUUACACGGCAUACUUCUUAACAGGCAGCGAUCCAGAAUUUGUUGUAUCGCCUCAAGCUGGGGAACUUCUUCCACUUGACACAGCAGGUACCUGCAUAACUGUUGGAUUCAAGCCCAAUAUGUACAGCAAGAAACAUAAAGCAACAUUAGUAAUACAGACCGCAGCAAUGCAAUGGAUGUAUGAGAUCAAUGGCCUGCCACCACAAACUAUGCCACCAACUUCAUCAGCAAAAGUUGAUUGCAGAAAUGCCUAUGUGAGAUCAGCAACAGUGCAACAACGCAAUUUUGUACGUGAAAAUAUGAAGCUGUUAUCCACUGGUGUGUCUUCCACUAUCAAAGGAGCACCACUCACUUAAGGGCAAAAUAAACCAUAAUGACCCUAUUUUAGUAAAAAAAAAGUAUUUUUAGAACAAGUAUAUUUACUCAAAACUAAAUAGUAUAUAGACAUAUAUCUAUCCUGA